AGGAGAAAUUUUGAACACGAUAACAAUGGCAUAAACAAUUACACAACGUAGCCUUACCCUUGGUUUGGCACCUUUUUGUAUUUGUUUCUGUAAAAAAUACCAACACAAAUACAAUCCAAAAUUUCCAAAAAAAACUGCAAAAAGCACUCUCUUUUUACGCACCAUAGAAGCUUGUUCGUGUUUUUCCCCCUCUCUCUCCUCCUCCAUCUGCCUUUUGGUUCGAUCGCUUCGUCGGAAAAUCGAUUGUUACUUGCCAAUUGAUUUCCUCUUCGAUUUUUGCAGUUUUAACUAAGGUACGAAUUUCUUCAUUUCUGCAAAAAAAUUAGGGUUUAUGGGUGCAAUUAGGUAUAGAUCUAAGGUUUCAUGCUUGUUGAAUUAGUUUGUAAGGCUCCAAUUUCGGCUCUCUGGAGCGUAAAUUUGGGCUUGUUGGUGAAUAUGAUUGGAAUUUCGAUGUGAAAAUUGGGAUUUUUGUGGGGUUCAGGUGAUGGUUUGUUGAUGAAAUGGAGGGAAGAAAUCGUAGUGGGAGUCAUUCAGGUGGUGUGGUGAAGAAUAGGGGAUCAUCAGGUUGUUUGAUUAUAAAGAAAAAGGCUGAUGGGGGUAGUGGGGUGGGAUCUUCGAAAGGUCGAAAGCUCCCUGAAUCAAAAGAGAAGAAAAGGUCUAGGUUGAAUGCCAGUGAGUCAGUGUCGAGUGAUGAAGAGCUUCUGGAAUUCUAUCCAAGGCGUGGUGUGUCAGGAAUGAAUCAAGUAAGUGGUGGUGCUUCAUUUGGUUAUGAGAGUAACGAUUUUGAGGAUGUGAGUUUUGGUAGGAAUGGGUUGAUGAGGGAGGCAGGGCCAAAGCGUAGCAAACUUGAUGUUUAUGAUUUUGAUGAGUAUGAUGAUUUAAGUGAUGCUGAAAUGAUGAGAAUGAGGCAUUAUCAUGACCAAGGGAUUGGGGGCGAGGAGAGAAGGUUUAUAAGGGCGAUGCCAGGGAUGAAUAAUGGUAGUGGGUUAGAUUUCGAAAGUGGUCCAAGUAAGGGUGAUAUUAUUUACACGAGAAGGAAUUCGUUCCAUGGGGGUUCCAGUAGUAAAAAGAUUAAUGGGGGUGAUUUAUAUUCUGGUAAGAGAAGGUUUGAGAUGAGCAGUGAGCUUCCUGUUUCCAUGGGGAAAGAGAAACUUGGUGGGUCUGAUGAAGCUAUUAGACUACAGGGCAAGAACGGUGUUCUUAAAGUGAGGGUCAAGCACAAGGAGGAGAUCAGUGAACAAUUCUCAAAAAAGUACGUGCAUGUCAAAGGAAAUAAUGUAGCUCUUAGGUCCCAAGAACCAGCUUCAAAGAACAUUGUCGCCCGUCCUUCACCAUAUUCAGAAAAGAAUGUGUCCAAAAAGCCAAUUGCAGUUGAUAGGUUAGACAAAACUCAACGGAAAAAGCGGAAACCACCUGAGAGCAGUGAGGAGAGUGAUGAAGAAGCCAACGAUAGUGACUCAUCUCCAAAGUUGCAAACUGACUGUGUUCAAGUUCAUCGGUCCAUGAAAAGAGGGAGGAGUGGAGGAAGUACAGAGUCGCCUCAAAGUGCCCAGCCAAUCAAGCUGAAGGAAGGGAAAGUCAAGCGUGGCAGUGGCACGGAAAAGCAGUUGUUACGUGAGAAAAUAAGGAACAUGCUUCUUACUGCAGGCUGGACAAUAGAUUAUAGACCUAGGCGGGGCCGAGACUACUCUGAUGCAGUUUAUGUUAAUCCUACAGGCACAGCUUACUGGUCAAUUAUAAAAGCUUAUGAUGCUUUACAAAAGCAACUUGAGGAAGAAGGGAACAGCAUAAAAGUUGGUGAUGACUGCCCUUCAUUUGCUCCAAUAUCAGAGAAUGUACUGAGUAAAUUGACGAGGCAAACCCGAAAGAAGAUGGAGAAGGAACUGAAAAGGAAGAAAAGGGAGGAAGCAGGGGGUAAAAGAAAGAAAGAAUUCACCAGUGGCAGCUUUGAAGAGGAUGAGUCAGAUACUGACAGUGGAGGCAGUGGAAGACAAGAUGACAAGUUGAGUUCAUUCAUGAAACGCAGUGGCAAAUCCUUAAAAGGUGCAUCAAAAGAAUCCUGCAGGGAUAGAAGUAAUUCAAACAGUAAAAUGCAGGAAAGGGGUGAAAAGUCAUCCUCCAUGUCCAAUUCUAAGUUCAUUCAUGCAAGGAAAAGUAAAAAGAUUGGCAGGUGUACGUUGCUGGUUCGUAACUCUGGGAAGGGGCUGAGUUCUGAGAGUGACGGCUUCAUUCCAUACACAGGGAAACGCAAUUUGCUGUCCUGGUUGAUUGACUCUGGAACUGUGAAUCUGAGUGAGAAAGUGCAUUACAUGAACCGUAGAUGCACAAGAGUCAUGCUUGAGGGUUGGAUCACAAGGGAAGGAAUUCAUUGUGGCUGUUGUAGUAAAAUUCUCACUGUUUCGAAGUUUGAGAUUCAUGCAGGAAGCAAACUCCGUCAACCAUACCAAAACAUAUAUUUGAGCUCCGGGGCUUCCUUGAUGCAGUGCCAGGUAGAUGCGUGGAACAGACAAAAGGAUUCUCUACGUAAUGGCUACAAUAAAAUAAAUAUUAAUGGGGAUGAUCCUAAUGAUGACACCUGUGCAAUAUGUUGUGAUGGUGGGAAUUUGAUUUGUUGUGACAGCUGUCCAUCAACAUUUCAUCAAAGCUGCUUAGGCAUUGAGAAGCUUCCCCCUGGCGACUGGCACUGCCCACAUUGUUCAUGUAAAUUCUGCGGUCUUGCAGACAUGAGUGUCACCGGGGAAAAUAACAAAAGACAGGACCCAGUGCUCACUUGCAGUUUCUGUGAGGGAAAAUAUCAUUGCUCUUGUGUGGAGGGGAUGGAUGGUACUCUUAUUAACUUGAACAGCCCUCCUUUUUGUGGGAAGACAUGUCAAGAGCUGUCUGAGCACUUUCAGAAGCUUCUUGGGGUCAAACAUGAAAUGGAGGCAGGAUUGUUUUGGUCUCUUAUUCACCGGACAGAUCUAGAUUCUGACACUUCUGUUCGAGGCUACCCACAAAGGGUGGAAUGGAACUCGAAGCUGGCUGUUGCACUGAAUGUUAUGGAUGAAUGUUUUAUGCCCAUAGCUGACAGGAGAAGUGGGAUCAAUAUGAUUCAAAGUGUUCUCUACAAUAGUGGGUCAAAUAUUGCUAGACUUGAUUACAGUGGCUUUUACACUGCUAUACUGGAGAAGGGUGAUGAAAUUAUAGCUGCAGCUUGUAUCAGAAUACGCAGUACACAGUUUGCAGAGAUGCCAUUCAUUGGAACUCGUCACAUCUAUAGGCGUCAAGGGAUGUGCCGUCGACUUUUCUCAGCCAUUGAAGCGGCUCUCCGCUCGCUUAAAGUUGAGAAACUUGUAAUUCCCGCCAUCUCGGAGUUGAUGGAUACCUGGACUACUAUUUUUGGCUUCAGUUCUCUUGAGGAGUUGGAUAAGCAAGACAUGAAGCUAGGAAACGUGUUGGUGUUUCCAGGAACUGAUAUGCUCCAAAAGAAGCUAUUGAAUCAAGACAGCAUUAAUAGAGACUUAUCAGUGACAGGUGCUGAUUCAUUUGAAACCGAUCAGGAGGCCUCAGUCAUGCUUGGUUUGAGAAAGAAAUCUGAUAUUGACGUCCCUCCUGGGAAUCGCAGUGUUGCUCCAGAACCAGAGAAUGAGGAGAUGAAAGGAAAACCUGUUACUGAGGUUUGUUCUCAAGAUACAGUUUGCACAGAUGAUAAUUCACUUCACAGUGCUCCUGCAGAAUUCUGUGAAGAAGCCAAGGCUUCUUUACCUACUGAGAGAGAGGAGAUGAAAGAAACUUCUGUUACUGAUUUUGGUUCUCAAGAAAUGAUUGUAGACGAAAAUUCUUUGCAUAGUGCUUCUCUAGAUUGUGGUGGAGAAGUUAAGCCUUCUUUGCCUACAUCUUCUCCGCAUGAUUCCAUUGGAAAAAAGCCUUCUUUGUAUGCUGCUUCUGCAGCUGUUUCCAUUGAAGUUAAGCCACUAGUUUCAAAUGAAGGUGUCAUUGAGACUACAAGCUCUGAACUGCAGUUGGACACUGAGUUCAUUGAGUCUGCUGGUGAUGUGAAGGAUCACUUUCUUGCCGAUGCAAGUGCAGCUUACAAUGACAAUAUGCCUUCUUUGCAAAAUGCUUCUGUAGCUGUGCCUGUGUCCGAUGAAGUUAAGCCACUAGUUUCAGAUGAGGGAAGUCUUGGCUUUACAGCAGCUGAACUGCAGUUGGACACCAAGUUCUUCGAAUCUGCUGGUGAUGUAAAAGUAAAAGAUCACAUUUUUGCAGAGGCAAGUGAGGGAAGUUUCUUUGAUAGCUCUGCUUCAAGACAAAAUGUUGGGGAAUCUGCUGACUGUAAAUCGACACAAGGACGCAACGUGGAUUUUGCUGAAUCAGGGUCACCAUCUGCAGAUUGUACGUUAGGUGAUACUUCUCUUAAUGGUCUGUUAAAUGGGUUCGCUAGGAGUGAUAAUGAAACCCAGAGAGAUGGGAUUUUAUAUUCUGAAACUGAAUCUGCUGCUUUUGGGAAAGAUCACUCUUUAUUUGAAACAUCUCAUAUUUUUGUUGUAACGGAUAAACCUAUGAUAGAUCCCACAGCUGAAAACAAUAUUUCUCACACUCCUGAAGUUCAAGCAGAUGAUACUUAUACAACCCCAGCUGAAACUGAUAUUUGUUCUGGUUCAGAAUCCUUGCAUGUUUCCGACAAUGCUGAUCUAGAUGCAGCUUAUGAACCAAAGAUCCAUGUUUCUGGAAAUCCUGCUUCUUAUGGGAAAGAUCACCCUUCAUCAGAAGCAUCUCAUGUUGAUGUUGUAAUGGAAAAACCUAUUGUAGAACCUACAGCUGAAGAUAAUAUUUGGCAUCCUCCAGAAGUUCAGGCGAUUGAUGCUCAUAUAGUCCCAGCUGAAACUGAUUAUUGUUCUGGCCCAAAACCCUUGCAUGUUUUUGACAAUACUGAUCGAGAUGCAGGUCACGAACCAAAGAUCCAUGUUUGUGGAAAUGCUGCUGCUUAUGAGAAAUAUCAGUCUUUAUCAGAAGCAUCUCAUGUCGAUGCUGUAAUGGAGAAACCUGUUGUAGAACCUACAGCUGAAGAUAAUAUUUGGCAUCCUCCAGAAGUUCAGGCGAUUGAUGCUCAUAUAGUCUCAGCUGAAACUGAUAUUUGUUCUGGUUCAGAAUCCUUGCAUGUUUCUGACAAUGCUGAUCUAGAUGCAGCUCAUGAACCAAAGAUCCAUGUUUCUGGAAAUGCUGCUUCUUAUGGGAAAGAUCACCCUUCAUCAGAAGCAUCUAAUGUUGACGUUGUAAUGGAAAAACCUACUGUAGAACCUUCAGCUGUAGAUAAUGGUCGUAAUUCUCCAGAAGUUGAAGUAGAUGAUGCUCAAGUUGUCCCAGCUGAAAUUGAUAUUUGUUCUGGUUCACAAUCCUUGUGUGUAUCUGAAAAUACCAAUCAAGACGCAGAGCAUGGACCAAAGAUCCAUGUUAUGGAGUGUUCUGAGAUCAUAAAAGCAUUUCCUGUUGAUGACAAGGCAUGCAAAUCUCCACAAAACACAAGUCAUGUUUCAACAGAGAAGCCUCAGCUUAAUUCAUUUGGUGGAAUUAAUGAGCAGCCAAGUUUAGAUGGUGAAGUGCAGCAUGUGGAAGUUGGCAAUGGAAAUGUCCAAUCAAUGAAUAAAUUUUCAUGUGAAGUUUCUGAUAAUGUUGUUGAUGCAAACACUCCUGUUUCUGAUGAUGGCGGCAUUGGAGUUACGGGCUUGUUGCAUGAGCAUGGUAUUUGAUGUGAGUUGCUCCUGCUAGAAUGACGUUGAGGUAAGAUAGACAUGACUGUAGAAUGUGCAUAUGCUGAUGCUAGUGUGCUCCAACUGAAUGAGGAUGAAGAUUUGGUACAAGUUUUGAAAUUGACAUGUUCCCAUCAUUUUCAAUGUGGUUGGGGAUGUUUGUCCCUGAACUGGUAUUGUAUCCCUAGUCCACUUGAUUACAAGGCUAUGCUGCUCAACAACUCUCAAUGUGCCGAUGAUGUUUAUUUAUUCGGUGCUAGAAAUUUUUGGAUAUGGAGCUUUCUGCACUAGAUAUUGUCUGUUAAGCCGAUGUAACUUUGUCAAUGUGUAUAAAUUAUAGAUCAAGGGCGGGUAUCAUAUGUAAUUUGUGUAAUUUGUGUCGGUUCAUUGAAUGACAGCAAUUGCUGCAAUUCAUUCGUAACGUUAAAUUCGAAUAUGAAUUAUCAUCAAUUCAUGAAAUCAAUUAGGUAACAUGAUUGUCCUACCAAUUUUCUGA